AUGGCAAGCGCUAACGGCCUCGUCCGAUUAGGAAAGGCCGACGUUGGUCUGCCCCGCGCCGUGGUCCGCGAGGGGUGCACCACGAGGGAAGGCGAGCGAGAGGCCGGAGGCGAGGAGGACGCGCUGGUCAGGGAGGCGCUUUGGUGGGUCCGACACACGCGGCAAAUAACGGUGGAAGUCGUGGAUCAGUGGACAGAAAGUUUCCACUUUCUCUACCGGAAGAAAAGAUAUCCAGAGCUCACUUCGAUCCUCGACGACGCCUUGCACCUCGUCCCCAGCCUGCGGCCGGCAGAAAUCGCCAUGCUCGCGAACCACGCGAGUCGACUGAUCCCUCUCAAGUCCCCGCGGUUCUCUGCGCAGCGGAAAGAAGACAGAAGGCGCGAGGCAGGCUUCGUUUCCGAGUCCGAAAAUGCUGGAGCCGAAAGGCGCGCAAAGCGGUGGUGGGGUGUAUUUGGAGACGCGAUCUCGCAUCUUCUCCACGACGCGGAUGGCCAGCACAUUUCCCUCAUUUUGAAUGCCUUUUCGUCGGCCAAAGUCUUCCACCACGAAACGCUGUUCGCGUGUCUCAGCCGCGAAACAGCAGCCUGGGCUCCUCACAACUCCCUCCGCAACACGGCAGUCAUCUUGAACGCCAUGGCGAGGCUGAACAUGCGAGACAGCGAAGCCGUCGAGCGCAGCUGUCUCCGUCUUCUGAGUGAAGCGAAGAACCUCAACCAUAUCGACUGCGCAAUGGCUCUGAACGCUGCAGCGCGUCUGGGGUACCGAGAGCUCCAGUUCUACUCGAUUCUGGGAGACGCUGCAGUUCGACAGUGUUCUCGCAUGAACGAACACAAUGUGUCGAUGAUUCUGUGGGCCUUCGGGGCAGUUGGCGUCCGCCACCAGACGCUGAUUGGCGAGUUCAUCGACCAGCUUCUGCGCAUCAGCAACUCGCGCGUCAUCCAUGCCAACUACGUCGCUUCCGUGCUGGGACCUCUCGGCAAUCUCCGCGUGGAGCACCCGCGCGUGAAACUCCUCGUCGACGUCCUGGUGAAGCCAAAUAUCGAGAAAUUCGAACCCGUAGAUGCCAUUCUGGUUUGUACAGCGCUCAGCCGUCUCGGGUUUCGCGUUUCACACUCUCCCGUCGCGUCCCAGCUCCUGACGCACGCUGGCCGUCUAGUGGCAACAAAUGCGAUCGCCGCCCCCAGCCACCAUGUGCUCCACCUGGCAGUGGCUGCUGGUCUCCUCGAGGCAUUUGGCAUGGCGUCGUUUUGGAGCGACAUCAGCGGAGGACUCGCAGCCACGCUACGAUCUACUGGGUCCGCGGCAGAAAUCGCAAAUGCCGUCCUUCCUCUGGUCCGGGUCGUGGGGAACCCCGAUUGGCGCGCUCCUCUCUUCCAAGUCGCCGUCACGGCGAUGGCGGCGCAAGAUCAGUCUCAAUGGACACCGCGCGACGUCGCAAACUUCACCUUUGCUCUAGGCAAGACGACUGGAGAGCACGGAGAAGACCCAGUUGAUCCUUCUGUUUUCCGGUCGUCUUCUGGAGAGACUACGCUGGCUGUCUCGCAGAAACGAAGCGCAGAAGCGGGCGGGCACGCGAGGCGCCAGCUGAUCAGAGACCUUUGCGACUUCGCCACUCGUGAAAUGGAACGGUUCAAUCCUUGUGACAUCGUCAGACUCCUGCAAGGCCUGGCUGGUCUCGACUACCGCCAUGAAGGCGUUCUCGCGUCCGUUUCCCGGCGACUUCAGCAUGCAGAUGGAAGCGCCGCGACCGAAGCAGAAGGAUUCCCGUUCCACGUCCAGCGGGCAAUCGCAGAGGCUCUUCUCAAGCUCGAAGCCUCCCACGCGUGCUCACGCGACUGGAUCGAAGGCCUCCGCAGCCACCAGGCCGCUCUGGGGCACAAAGGCAGAGGGAAGGAAGGGGCGGGAGACUCUCUUUCUGCUGUGCUUCCGCAGUCCUCGUGCUUCCAUGUGGAAGAAGUGUCGAGAGCUUCGGCCUCGUGA